CUCUCUGUCUCUUCUUCGUGUGAAGAGAGAAUGAUUCUUAAUUGGAAAGAAAAACAAAGUCUCAAAUAGCUUUUCUUUGCUUUGAUUCCAGUUCCAUUCCACAAUUGCAUCUAAUUCUCCUAGCUUAAGCCUUUUCCUCUUUAUUUAUCAACAAAUUCCUAAAUCCAUAUGAAGUUAUUGAAAUCAAAAUGAAAAGAAAAUUUCCAAGAAAAAGCUAGCUACAAACACCUUUUCACCUUGUAAAUUUAGAACCCUAGAAACCAAGCCUUCAAGAAAAUCAUCAGGUUUAACAGUUUUCUUGAUCUUUCUUUUACUCAAUUUCUAAAUUUUUGGGCAAUUAUGUCAAACCCUUGGUGGACAAACCAAAGUGGUUUAGCCGGUAUGGUGGACCACUCAGCCUCCUCCGGCCACCACCAAAGUCUUCUCUCAAAAGGAGAUCUUGGAAUAGCCAUGAUGAAUCAGAGCCAAGAAAACGACCAAGAAGACGAAGACGACCCAAGAGAUGGUGCGGUCGAGGUGGUCAACCGUAGACCAAGAGGUAGACCACCAGGAUCCAAAAACAAACCAAAAGCUCCAAUCUUUGUGACAAGAGACAGCCCCAACGCACUCCGUAGCCAUGUCAUGGAGAUCUCCGACGGCAGCGACGUUGCGGACACAAUAGCUCACUUCUCAAGACGCAGACAACGCGGCGUUUGCGUUCUCAGCGGAACAGGCUCAGUAGCUAACGUCACCCUCCGUCAAGCCGCCGCACCAGGAGGCGUCGUCUCACUCCAAGGAAGGUUCGAGAUCUUAUCUUUAACAGGUGCUUUCCUUCCCGGACCUGCCCCACCCGGUUCAACCGGUUUGACGGUUUACUUAGCUGGUGUCCAGGGGCAGGUCGUUGGAGGUAGCGUUGUUGGCUCGCUAGUGGCCAUAGGGUCAGUUAUGGUGAUUGCUGCUACUUUCUCUAACGCAACUUAUGAGAGAUUGCCUAUGGAGGAGGAGAAUGAUGGCGGCAGUGGCGGCGGCGAUGGCGGCUCAAGACAGAUUCAUGGAGGUGGUGACUCGCCGCCCGGAAUCGCUACUAGCCUGCCUGAUCCAGUGGGGAUGGCUGGUCCUGGCUACAAUAUACCACAGCAUCUGAUUCCGAAUGGGGCUGGUCAGUUAGGGCACGAACCGUAUACGUGGGUCCACGCACGACCACCAUACUGAUUCAGUGAGCCAUUUCUAUAUAUGAAUACAUAAAUAAAAGAUAGAGAUGAAUAUAAAGUUAUUUGAGGUAGGUUGGUGUGUUUAUAAUCCAAAGCUUUGCUUUGUUGGAAAAAUAAAAUAAAAUUAUCAAAGCUUUGAAUGUUCUUAAUGGAAACCAUAUAGGGCUUGGAAGGUAAAAGGAGAUGAAAUUAAUGGAAUUUCGGAUUUCAGUAUUACUCUCCCCUGAAAUAUUGAAAUGAAUAAUCAGUGUAUAACUGAAAAUUAGAAUAUUUGUUUCUCUCUUUUUGUUUUGUUUUGU